AAUACUGUAAGAGAAGAAGAAAGCACCGUGUCACGUGAUCGCAGUGUAUCAACGGUAGGCCUCGCUUAGCAUUUUAGCAUAACACAUUUCACUCGUAAUCUGGACAGGACACGUACUUUGAAAUAAAAUGGGAAUUGAAGAUGAAACUGACAGAACCCUCUUCAUCAGAAAUCUGGACUCGAGAGUGACUGAGGAGCUACUAUUCGAACUGUUUUUACAGGCAGGACCUCUCAUCAGAACCAAGAUCCCGAAAGACCCAGACGGAAAGCAGAAGACUUUCGGUUUUGCCGUCUACAAACACGAGGUGUCUGCGCCCUAUGCCAUGCAGCUUCUGAACGGCACCACGUUGUUUGGGAAAACUAUACAUGUGCAGUUCAGAUCUGGAAGCAGCCAUGGCAAUAGUCCAGGAAACUCACAGAAUUCCAGUCCUGCAAAUACUCCUAAUCCGCAUGGGGCAAGGAGUCCAGUUCAGUUCAAUUCUCCACCGUACACUCCUCCACAAAUGCAGCGUCCAUUCUUCAGUCCAGACAACAAUCUGCAGAAGCAAGUCAUGAUGAACAACAUGAUGUGGUCACUUCACAUGCAGCAGAUGCAGCAACUUGAGCAGUCAACUCCCUCCAAGUCUUUAUCAAGGCCCGGAGGUGGUUCAAGACAGCACGACAGCUCCCCCUACAGGCAGAACAAUGGAAGCAGAGGUCGUUAUCAGGAUGAAUCUGGAUCAGGGCGCUACCAGCCGUACAGCCACAGCCGUGAACACCAUCACCAAAAUGAUCGGAGCCGUCACCAUGACAACAGGAAUAUGAAGAGGCACCAUGACGACAGAGGAAACAACAGCAGCUACCAAGACUCCAGGUUUAGACGCUACUGAGAAACUGGGAUUUUGUAAAGACUCUUUUAUGACUCUAUAGACAGAUGUUAGAAAAAAACAUGAAUUCUUGUGUACACUCAGGUUGUUCGUACAUGGAUCUACUCAUUGGGGUUUAUAUAGAUGAUGUUUGAGAGCAUUUUUUUUCUAUUAUUUUAACAUGUUUUUAAAAUUGUACUGUGCUUUAAUUUGAACUUUUAUUCAAACAGAACAGUCAUAUUGGGGCCAAUAUUGAAGUCUUGUAAUAUAAUUUUGAUGGAAAAAAGAAAAAUAGAAAUUGCCUAUUUCUUGUAUGCUGGUACUUGGUGCUUCCAACAUUUUAACUUUGGACAUUUUUGCUAAAAAAAAGAUUUCACCAGCACCACAAAGUCUGCAACAGCACCAAUCCUUAUUAUUGGCCAAACCUUUGUCCUUGGUCCAUCUGGAAAUGUUUUUUAAUUUUAAAUGAUAGGUUCUUACUCUGUAAAAACAGCCACAUGUUUUAAAUGGAACACCUUUGAUUACAUAAAGCCCUUUCAUUUCCAGA